AUGCACGUUUCUCAAUUUGGGUUAUACAGCACCAAAACCGGUGAUAGGCGCCAAGCCCCUCUGGGCCCCGAUUCACCUAUUUUCGGCAGUCGCAUCCCGCCCGGCACUUCGACUCAGUCUCCCACCACUUCGAUUUCGCCUUCGACACUCUUCGACAUCUUCGACGUCACCCGCUCGCAAGCGCGUGAGGCUGCUAGCCGCAGCACCGCCGAAAACCUUGACAGCUCCUCUAGAACGCAAUCGACUCCUUCUCCAACAAUUCCCGGUGACUUCGACCGUGACGAAGAAGACGAGAUAGACCAAGAACUCCAGGACGACUUCGACGAAGAACCAAUCCCUUCGACCACCGAAGAACACACUUUGUCCCCCGAGCUUCUAGGCCUCACUACUUCUGACUACGACACUUCGACUCCUGAACUUUUCGAACGAUCCGGUUCUUCGCCCAAACCCGAGGAUCCCAUCCCAUCUACUUCGAAUCUCGAACUCCCGACUCCGUCGUCUUUUCGCGCCCACGCUCAGCCGCCCAUCGCAUCCUCUUCGCGACUUUCAAUCAUACCUUCAUCUGACCUGGCACCUCCGCCACCAUUAACACCUUCGAACACAGCUUCAAACUCCAACCCCGCACCGCCCGCUCCUACGAUUCCUUCGACUACUACCACGUCCUCUUCGAGCCCAGCUCCUAUCAACACUACGAACAUGAGCCAGAACACGAACACACCGUUGAUGCCCCCGCGCGGUCAUGCGACAGCACCAAGCUUCGACCCAUCGGAAGUCCGUUCGCUUCGGCAUUACUUCCAGGACCUCGAAGCAUUGUUCACCCGGUGUCAGAUUACCGACGAAGCAGCCAAGAAACAGUGGGCCGUUCAGUAUCCUUCGAUCGAUGUCGCCGACUUAUGGGAAACCAUCGAGUCCUUCAUCGACGUAGCCAAGAGCUACAAUGACUGGAAAGCUGACGUACGAGCACUCUAUCCUGGCGCCGAUGAUACAAGAAAGUGGUCGCUGGCAGACAUGGACCAGCUCAUCGGAGAACGCGCUCGUAUCGGGAUUCACAACGCGGCAGACCUAGGCUGCUAUUACCACGACUUCAUGGCCAUUACGAAACAUCUCAUCGCACAGCACCGGCUCUCCCCUAUCGAACAAAGUCGUGCAUUUCUUCGAGGUUUCCAGCCAGCGUUGCUCACACGGCUCGAGACCCGACUGCAUCUCAAGCACCCUGAUCACUACGCCGACGACCCAUACACCAUGGCAGAGAUUCACGCGGCGGCUACUUUCAUUCUACACGGUACAUCGAGCACACCUAUGACAGCGGCUAACCAAGCUACCGCUUUGACAUCGAGCACUUCAACAACGGUGCCUCCCGGGAUGAUCAAAACCGAAGACAUCUCGAUGAUCAUCGAAAGCCUGUCGAGGAUGAUCGCAACACUCAUUCAGCCGACGACGCACGCUACGCACAACCAUGCCCCCGCACCGAGACAACAAGCUGCCGUCCACGUCCAUGAGAACAGCGGAGCGGAACAGACGUGCCAUUACUGCGGCAAUCGUGGCUGCAGGGUAGGCACCUGCGAGUUCGCGGAGAUCAACAUCCGGGACGGCAAGUGCAAGCGUAACACCGAAGGAAAGAUCGUCCUUCCGAACGGAAGUUUCUGCCCCCGCACUAUCCCUGGUCUCACAAUAUGA